AGUCCCGAAAAUGCUCGCUUCGCCCCACCAACUCGCUUUUCCCACUCAAUUUCAUUUGGACGAACCGUAGGGAGCACCAUGAUGCCGCCACCUCUGCCGCUUCCGGCGAUGCUGACCCGGGCGCCCGCACCCUUCGCACCAGCCUACGCGCAGAUCUACUUCUGGCCUUACCCCUCGCCGCCUGUCAGCCCGACGAGCUACUACAACCCGGCCAGUGUCCCGGGCAUGAUGCCCAUUCCCCAGCAGGCCGCUAUCCUGACGCCGCCCGAGUGCCUGCAGCUCGCACCACCGGAGCCGCACAUGGACGCACUCAUCCCGAGACCGGACAUCGAUAAACGAAUUCAUCCGUCGCUCCAGGUCCCCUGUCACCAGUACAUCGAUCUCUUUAUUGUCUGAGGGGCCCCGGGCCGUCACUGCCGCCGUCGCCGUCGUCGUAGCCGUUAACGCCACCGCCGCCACCGUCGCCGCUCCCCUAUCCCACCAACCACCUUCAAAUUUUCGCCCGACGACAUUAUUGUACGUCGCUGUCUAAGAGGGGAGAGGCGAUGACGGACGGACUGACAGAUCGCGCCCCUCGGCAACGCCGGCGACUCCACGGUCCUUCUAGUCCAGCCACGAACGAGCGCAUCGCCCGUGCCCUCGCCCGGGCAUUGCCGAGGGGCAGGAGUCGCUGCGCCCUGAAGCGGAAUCUCUUCCACGGCGAGGCGGAACCUUGAUACCGCGCCUCUUUCUUUCAAUCUCUUGAUGUUCGUCCUACUUCGCCCACCACAAGGCAAUGAAUGCCUCUUUACGGUGGCCCCUUCUUUCUCUCCUGAACCUUUCCCUCUAUUAGUUGCUCACGGCCCGGCGAUCAUCACUUC